AUGUUUUGCAUGCGUCUAUUGAAUGCUGCACAUACUACCAAAUUGGAAGCAAUAAUAACGACGGCAAUGGAAACUACCAGAAGUUGUUGCUGGAGGCAAAACAACAAUCUCGAUGUAGGAAUGCGAAUAGUUAAAGCUCUUUGGUAUCGACAAGAGGAAUUUUCGUUUUCAGCCCUUAAGUUGCCUUAG